AUGCAUCGCAUGGAUGGGCCACCGGCACGACGAAGUCGCAGUAGAGAUCACACAGCCGUGCGUGGAUUCAAUCAUUUCAAGGGAAUCGUCUUAAAAACUCUGAUAAGACAUCCAAAGAAGCCAAAUUCCGGGAAUCGUAAAUGUGCUUUGGUGAGAUUAAGUAAUGGUAAGGAAGUAUGUGCAUACAUCCCAGGUGUUGGUCACAAUCUGCAGGAACAUUCCCAGGUAAUGGUGCGUGGUGGACGCCGACGUGAUCUGCAAGGUGUUAGGGCGGAAAUUAUUCGAGGCAAACUGGAUUGUGCGCCGACGCAUAAGCAAGCCAAGAAGGCAGCAGCUAAAGGAAAGUAG